AGACAACUGGGGCGAGUGGCACGGGGACGAAAGGGCAGAGCGAAGCCGGAGGCAGCGGGACCCCCGGGCUGGGGCACUGGGUGGGCUCUGCCUUGCUCUCCCCUCCAUCCUCUCGGCCGGGGCACUCGGCUCGCCGGCAGAGCACGUCGCAGGGAAGCACAGGGAGCUGGGCUGCCGGAGAAUGGCAGCAGGAUUUCACUAGGAGAGCACAACUAAGUGGGACAGGACGUACAGGAGCCAAGGAGACUGCAGGAGACACCAGAGGCUUCUCGGCACCGCUGCCUGUCCUGUGAAGCAACAUGAGUCUCAAGGGAUCCCUCAGCAGCAACCCUGGCUCAGCAAAUGGCAGCAUGGGCAGAGCGGAUGGAGCCUCCAAGCUGAGUGCAAAGGACCUGUAUGAACAAAGGAAAAAAUACUCCAACUCCAAUAUCAUUAUGCAUGAGACUUCACAGUACCACGUACAGCACUUGGCCACCUUCAUCAUGGACAAGAGCGAGUCCAUCGUGACAGUGGACGAUGCCAUCCGAAAACUCAUAUUGCUCAACUCCAAAGAGAAGAUCUGGACGCAGGAGAUGCUGCUGCAAGUGAACGACAAGUCCAUCCGCCUGCUCGACUGCGAGUCGCAGGAGGAGCUGGAGGACUUCCCACUGCCGACAGUCCAGCACUGCCAGACGGUUCUGAAUCAGAUGCGCUAUUCCUCCAUCCUCCUCCUGGUGUGCCAGGAUUCGGAGCAGCACAAACCUGACAUCCACUUCUUCAACUGCGACGAGGUGGAGGCGGAGAUGGUCCAUGAGGACAUAGAAAGCGCCCUGGCAGACCACAAGCAUGGGAAGAAAGUACGACCACAGACGCUCAAAGCAAACCAAGAAAAGAUCAAGCAGAGACAGUCUAUCCUCCCACCGCCACAAGGGCCGGCUCCCAUCCCGAUCCAGCACGACAUGCGAGGGCCAGCGAUGAACAGGAACCGGGUGGCACCCCCUUCCCAGUAUGAACCAGACUAUGAACGACGAGGCUCUGCCCCCCAGGACCAUGAAGAGUCCCGAAUCAUCUUAGCACAGAAGAUUGAAAAAGAAACGCAAAUCCUGAACUGCACUCUGGAUGAUAUCGAAGUGUUUGUCGCCAGGCUUCAGAAGGCUGCAGAGGCAUUCAAACAGCUCAAUCAGAGGAAGAAAGGGAAGAAGAACAAGAAGAAAGGGCCAGCAGAGGGCAUGCUGACUCUUCGAGCAAGACCCCCGAAUGAGGCUGAGUUCAUCGACUGCUUCCAGAAAACCAAACUGGCUUUUAACCUCUUGGCCAAACUGAGAAAGCACAUCCAGAACCCAAGCGCUUCAGAGUUGGUGCAUUUCCUGUUUGGGCCACUGGAACUGAUCGUCAAUAGCUGUGCUGGCCCUGAGCUUGCCAGGUCUGUCGUCAGCCCGCUUCUGUCUAAAGAUGCCACAGAUUUCCUCAGAGGACAUCUGACACCAAAAGAGAUAAGCCUCUGGGACUCACUGGGAGAGACAUGGACUAGAUCCAGAGCUGAAUGGCCCCGAGAAGCAAACAUUCCCACCUACAUCCCCAAAUUCCGCAACGGCUGGGAACCACCCAUAGAAAUCUUCCGUGGUGCUCCCUGGGAAAUAGACAUCGGACACUUGCAAGAAGAGCUAUCAUCAGCCAAUGGAUAUCCUUACCGCAACUCCUCGCUCAAACGCGGCCAGACGGCUGAUCAGACACAAGCUGUGGAUGCCUUUAAGCAGAACGUAACUCAGCAUGUAAACAGGAAUUUUGAGGCACAGGGAAUGGCCCUGCCGAAGAGAUAUGCCAAAAUCCGCUACGAUUUCACUGCGCGAAAUGCCAAUGAACUCUCAGUGCUUAAGGAUGAAGUCCUGGAGGUGUUGGAAGAAAAUAAGCAGUGGUGGAAGUUGCUCAACCGGAGUGGGCAGGCUGGUUACGUCCCUUAUAACAUCCUGGAUGAGGUGAAACUGGAAGAGCUCGAACAGGCUAACCAGAGGUACAAAGGAGACCUGAGCCCCAGAGGCUAUGGACCAUCCAGCCCAACUCACAAGCUACCGGCCAGCUAUGCUGGGGAUAAAUGGGGAAGUGAAAUGUUAUCACGCCACUCUCCCCAGGACGCCAAAGAACAACUUCUGCAUCAAAUGGACGAAGUGAAUGAUGAAUUGCUAAAGAAGAUUACAAACAGUAAAAUUCAGCCUCCCCACAGGAAUUUCAAAGUGGAAAAGCCCCAGGAAGUUUUUGUGCCCCUCACCUUCGAAUCUAGUGCUGAAGAAGUCAAAGCUUGGCUGGAGGCAAAGUCAUUCAGCAAAGGGACAGUGGAACACCUUGGCAUCCUUACUGGAGCUCAGCUGUUCUCCCUGAACAGAGAGGAACUGAAGAAAGUGUGUGGCGAUGAGGGAAACAGAGUGUACAGUAAAAUCACGGUGGCAAAAAACCAACUGGAGAAAAACAGAGGGGAGACAGAGCUCCAAGAAAUUAUGAAGCGUCGCCAGGAGAGGAUUGAUUCUGCUAAUUAAAAUCUAUCUGCUUUUUUUCAGCUAUUAGUCAUAGUAGUGCAGAAAAAGGGAACAAAAGCAAUGAUCCCCAGCCCAGACGAGAGAGAGCAGUGCUCCACACUUAGCAGUGUAAUUGCCAUCAAGUGACAAUUCCUUGAACACUGUUGAUAAGGAUAGACAUUAAGACCAUGUCCCGUUGGGAAAGGUGUUUUAAUAUUGCAUGAAGUUUUUUUUUUAUAUAUAUAUAUAUCUAUAUAUUUUAUACUGAAAUUGUAUGUGCAUGUGAUCAGAGUGGAUCAGAACUGACACGGCUCUGAAUGUAGGACAAUGGCUGGGCCUCGCAGAGCUUUUAACGUGCUUCUGGUCCCCUCGGCGGCACUGCUCAGGGACGGAGGGCAUGGCACGCCGCACAGAACAAGCCAGCCUGAAUGUUUAGAGUCUGGGCUAUGGAAAUAUGUCUUUUCCCUACCUUUUGUUUCCUUCUUGGUGGCAGAUAUCCCCUGCAGCCCACUAGUAAAGGCUCAGUGGCAGUUCAGUGCCCUUCCUGUCCCCCUGUGCCCUCUGGAAUUGCAACACACAUUACAUAAGACUGGGCUGCUUCUUUAAAUACACGUACCAGUUCGUGCUGCCUUUGAAUGGUGGAAAUAAGCUUUCAUUGCGUAAUACAGAGCAGGAUCUGAGUGACAACUGAAGUGAUUUUAAUCUGCAAAUAGGUGAGCUCAGCCUGAUCAUCCCCACUUACGCAGAGGCUGGGGCUCAGGACAGCUGCGCAGCCCUUCACCUUGGCACGAAGCCUGUAUCCGAAAGCUGCAGAAUUGCCAAAGCCAGGCCUCAGAUAAGAAGAAAAGCCCCCACCAUUUGCUCCCCACCUAGCCACACCCAAAGCCAUUUUCUGGGUAUUCAACACUCAGCCUCACCUUCACAUUUUCAUUGCAAAGAAUAAUCUAAGAUGCUUCCUAAAUAAGAAAACAAAACACAAUUGGAAAGGCUGUUUUAAUAUAAAAUAAAUAGCCACAAGGAAAAAAAUGCAAAAAAAGUUACCUGACUUAGUAGAUGCUGCUGUUCUUCAAUUCCUGUUUUUCUUAAUAAUGUUAUGUGCAUACGUAUAUACCUUUCUAGUGAAAUAUCCCCUUACUCUUACAAUCUAUAAAGAGAGAUGAGGAAAAAUAUUCCUGUCCAUAGAUAUAUAAUCAAGUGAUUGUGCAUCAAUAUUUUACUCAAAUUUUUAAAACUCAAGCAAGCAUUUAAUAGAUUUCCUGUCCACAGCAUGUUUGGCACACGGUAUUUAGGUCUACAUUUUAUUUACAAACUUGGUAAGAAUACACUAAAGCAAACACGUCUACAGGAAGUGCUCGAAGACUGGGAAGACUUCGCCUUUCUCUCAUUCACCUGUUUACUUUGGCUGAAUGGGGACUCAGGCCCAGACUCCACAAAGACUUACAAACCUACACGCGUGCUUUCCUUUGGGUGCUGUGAAAGGUCCCCACCUCCUUCACAGAGAACCCCGCGAAAGGCUAGGCACACAUCUAAGUCUUUGUAUAAUUUGGGCCUGCGCUUGCACAUUCAAUGAAACAAGGCUGUGCAGAUGCAAAACAGCAGUGGGGGAACAGGCAUCUAAAUCUGAGCAUACUGAUGCAUCUCUCAAUUUUGGUUAGUUCUUCCACCCAUGUUUCCAAUGGAUAAUAUAUUUUCCUUAAUAUUUAAAUAGCUAAUUGUUAGCACCAGCAGAAUUGGGGUGCAGGCAGGGAGCUUGAAGACGAGGAUUAUCUUUUCAGUCACAAUGCUGCUGGCUUACCACAGUGGCUGGAAUUUGCAAAGGGCACUCACCUGGUCAGGGAGGGAUGAUGAAGACAAUUCUCCUGAGAAGCCCUGGCUCCGGAUUUGGGUGGAGAUGGGAAGCAGGUGUGAAUACUGACAAACUAUUGGUGUUAUAAGCACAGGAAGCUGAAUCGUUUCUAAAAUGAAAAUAAAAACAAGUGGUGAGCUUGGGAAUAUGAUACCUUUCUUGUUUUUGUGUAUGAAGUUAAACAUAGAAUCACAUGGAAUUAUAGUUACUUGGGAUUUUAAUAGAAUUGUACACAACAGUUCUGUGAAACUAAGAGCCAGGGGAGCAUUUCGUAAAAUAAGAGUGUCAGUAAACCUUAUAGCAGGUCACUUUUAAAAAUUUCCUUAUGACUGAGCUGUGCAUCUGUUAUAUUUGUACCGUCUGCAGAUAAUGCUAUAAUGCACUGUACAUUAAUGUAAUUGAACGAAGGAUAAAAUGAUGUAACCAUGCACUAUAUAAGAUUUAUUAAAAUAGUUAAGUUAUACUUAUAA